UCACUGCCACCGCUUGCUCGCUAUGUGCCUAUUACCACGACACCGCACAAGGUGAGCAGUCCCCAGGAUCACUGACUUUCGGUGGGUACACAAGCCCAUCUCGUCGCGUUGUGGUCGAAGGCUUUCCUGCUUCACUUACCAAUUCCUGCUGCCUGGACGUUCUGUCCAACUCUUUAAAAAGAUGUCAAUCAACACAACUCACACUCGCUACACAGCACACCGUUCACUGCCAACAGUAUAGCCAUAAGUCCAGACCAGGGUCAUCAUGAGUAAUGCAGCACGGGACGCUGCCAUCGAGACUCUAUGCGAUGCGCGUCUCCACCAAUUCUUCACCUUGCCUGCCCCAGCCUUGCCCAACACGAACAUCGAAACGCCUCUCCGCAUCACCUACUCGGACAUUGGAUACAAUUUACCACAUUCAAACCAGCAUGAUGCGCCAAUGAAUGGACUCCUUGAAUCCGAAGCCGUACCAGAGUCAGAACCAUGCGUAGUGCUCUUCAUCGGCGGUCUAAUGGGCGGCCGCUACACACUCUGCCGCAUCGCAAACAUGGCCCAACGUCUCAAAGUCCGCGUCAUAACCAUCGACCGCCCUGGCAUGGGAGGCUCAACUCCCGUUUCCCUCGAGCACCGGCUUGCAGUCCAUCUUGCAACUAUCCCAGCCCUGCUCCAUCACUUAGGCAUCAAACAUGUUACCCUAGCCUCGCACUCAGGAGGCGCGCCGUACCUGUUACAAAUACUCCUUACGUAUCGGCGAUUUCUACACCCGGAAAGACCGCAAGUCGUUGUGCUCGCGCCAUUUGUUCAUCCAGACGACAGUAGCGCGCCGUUGAUGCGUCUCACGGCGAGUCUGCCCACAGGCCUGAUCCGCAAGACUCACGCUGCGAUAGCGCUGGCCAAUCGCACGAUCACUUUCAGCGCGGGAGUCAGUCUGCCAUUUUCCCGGGCGGGAGCUACCCCGGCUGUCACGAAUGCCAUCAAUCCAGAAGAAGGAGGUGACGAGAUGCAGAAGGCGGUGUUGAAGAACAUGGAGAAAUUGAGUAUGCAGUAUGUCUUUGCUGAGGAUAUUUCUGGUUGUUCGGACGAUGCGUUGCUUUAUCUACGGAAGAAAACGAGUUCUAUUCCCACAGAUCCAGCCGGUCAAUCGACAGAGGAGUGGCUUGACUGGUCGAGUCUUUCUGAUAAGGUCGCAGCCGCCGAGCAGGAACGAAGGACCCAUCGGGAUCAAAACGAUGGGCAUAGUGACUUGCACCGGGAGAUAGCGAUGCUCAAAUUUGAUGCCUUUUAUGCCGAAAAGGAUAUUAUGAGCGGUACCAAGGGCGCGAAGUAUUUUGAUGCUUGUUGGGAACGACACUCUACCGAUCUUGAGUAUGUGUCGAGAGUGACGGAGGGUACUAAUCACGAUUCUAUACUCGAUCCGAGUCUUGGGGUCUGCGAUGUCUGGUUACAGGGUGUCGCUGAUCGAUGGUAUGGAUGAUGGAAAAUCACUUAAUGCAAGACCGCUUACACGAUAUAUGACGAAGUCAUUUCGGAAUACUCAUUUUGUACAUUGAUUUUAUUUUGAAGCAGAAUCUAGCACCCAUACCCCGGACUGCACUGUGUCUUCUGGAGACGAUAUGUUGAGGUCCAGCCUCGGUGCCCUUCAGUCAAA